AUGUCUCGUUUCCUCCACGCGUUCAACUCUGCGGCGGCACGCAAGCCCAUGAUCACGCAGUGCGCGACAUCUGCCGUGCUUUUCGGCACGGGCGACAUCCUCGCGCAGCAGGCGUUUGAGAAGAAGGGCAUGAACCACGAUUGGAUGCGCACCGCCCGGCUCUCGUUCUACGGAGGAGCCAUCUUCGGCCCGCUCCUCACGAAGUGGCUGGGGCUCCUCAACCGCCUCCAGUUCUCGACGCCGAACAAGGCGGUGAUGUACAAGGUGUAUCUCGACCAGUUCAUGUUCACGCCUGGUGUCAUUGCGCUGUUCUUCGGUGCGAACACCCUGCUCGAGGGCAAGAGCGUCGCGGACGCGCAGGAGCGGAUAGCUGAUGCCUACGUCCCCACGAUCAUCCGCAACUGGGGCGUCUUCAUCCCGACGCAGAUCGUGAACUUCAAGUACGUUCCUCCGCACCUGCGAUUCGUCACCAUCGGUGUCGUCGCCCUCUUCUGGAACGCGUACCUGAGCUCGGUGAACGCCGCCAAGGAGCGGGAAGAGACGGCCGCACACGAGCACGAGCACGAGGUCGCGAUAGCCAAGGCUGUUUGA